AUGAAUAAUGUUGAUGAACUGAAUUUUAUAAAUUCAUUUUUUGCAGUUUUAUGUGUGAAUCGUGUUAAUGCAUUUUUUGUUGUCGAUAAUGCACGACUCGAUGCAAGCGCUAUUUUAACUUACGAAGAUAUUAGCGAAGAUGAUUGUUCAAAAAUUUGUGGAAAAAAUCGAGACAAAAAUGGACGAUUUAUUUUAUGUUCCGCGUUUACUUAUGAUCAUUCAACUUUUAAAUGCCUAAUUCAUCAGACAAAAAGUAUUCCGGAAGGCGAUUCACAAAUCGAAAAUAUUCCCGAACAUCGAUAUUUCGAAAAAUUUUGCAUUGAUGAGAAACUCCCGGUUGAAUGCGCUGAUACUCAAUUUUUACGAGCCGAACAAUCAGUUUUAAUCGGUUUUGCAAGAAAUGUUUCCCUAACAGCAAAUCUUGCUGAAUGCGUCACGCAUUGUUUAAUGGAAAAAUUCGAAUGCAAAUCAGCAAUGUAUUUUUACGAAGAAGGUGAAUGUAUAACAAAUAUCGAAUCAGCUUCAACACAACCAAAUUCAUUUGCAAAAGAGGAAAAUGAUAAAGUGAUUUAUUUCCAAAACGGUUGCACCGAAUCAAUGAAAUUUCAACGAAAAUAUGAAGCAAUUAAAGAUCAUCUCGAUGAGCAAUUCAAUACGCAUAAUCUGCAUAACGAAGAAAUGAUAACUGAUUUUCCUAUAGAAAAUGACGAGAAUGAAAAUGCAAAGGAAAAUGACGAUUAUCAAAUGAAUCGAAAUGAAAAAGAGGAAAUUCUUAAGGAUGAGAAAAUAGCAACAGCAACAACAACAACAGCAACGAUAACAACAAAAAUUUCAGAAUAUCAAAUCGUACAAUCACAUAACGUUGUGAACGAUUCGAAAAAUCUACAAAUCGAAGAUGAAACAAAAUUAAAAAUUGCGAAUGAACAAAAAAAUAAAGAUGAAAUAAUUACGACUGGAAAAUAUUUGAAAAAAUUAAAAAUGCAAAUUAUCAAAAGCGAUUCGCCAAGAAAUAAUAUCAAACAAAAAAAUAAAUAUAAAACGCAUCCGAGAAUUAUUACAACUAAAAAAUAUGAAAAGCAUGAAUAUUUUUCACAAUGGAGUGAAUGGCCUCCAUGCAAGAAAAUUGGCGAAAAAAGAGUGAGAUACAGGAAAUGUUAUGACCUAAGAUUAUGUCUUGGUGCACUUAUGGAAAUCAAUCCAGUUGAACGCAAUAAAUUAAAUAUUACUCCUUUUACUCCUCUACCUUUCGAAGGAAUAUUGGAGGAAACAAUCGGUGCCACACAAAAAACUAUGGUUAAUCGAAACAACACCACUGAAUCCCCGAAUAAUCACAACCAAAUCUGGUCAUCUUGGGCAGGUGAAUGUCAGGCUUUCACUAGCGGCCAACCAUGCAAAGAUCAUGAAAUGAUUGGUUUUGAAUCGAGAGAAUGCAUUGCGAAAGAUCCAAAUCGUUGUGUUGGACCAUUUUUUCGUUAUUGUACCAUUCCAUGCUAA